UGCACGUGCUACGUGUCGCCCUUAGUCCUAAACCUCUGCAAAAGCCUAAUGAUGUUCUUCAUCAUCUUCUUCAUCUUUAACCCUCAGAUUCGAAGAAUGAUUCAGUAAUGGCGGUUUGCAGAUCACUGAAAGCCCUAAUUAGAAACCCUAACAGAUCCAGAAAUUUCCUCACUGCCACAAACUCUUCGAUUUCGGCUCCUAUAUACUCUCCUUUUGCACAUCCUCUCUACCACCCGCUCUUUCGCUUGCCAUCUCAACCUUCUACCAGACUCUUAUCUCCUUUCUCCAAUUGGAUAAUCCCUUUUCAAGGCCCGCUCUUCCUCUCAUUCCCACCAUGGAAGCUCUCGCAGUCCGCCACUCCGCUGAAUGGUGUUGUUCGCCGGAAAAUCGAAGCUUUGAAUUUGAAUCUGCUUCGGAAAAGAACCGAAUUUCCUCUCAGAUUGAAAUUCGAGUCGGUCUCAUCCUCCGGACGGAUCGUGCUGGAUCGGGUUGAUUUUAAGGAGUCAUCGAGUGACGGUUUCGUUGAGAGCUUUGUAAACUUGCCGAAUUUGAUAUCGAUUAGUCGGUUAAUAUCUGGUCCUGUGCUUGGAUGGAUGAUUACGAAUGAAUUGUAUUCUUCUGCAAUGGUGGGUUUGGCUAUCUCUGGGGCAACUGACUGGCUGGAUGGAUACGUAGCAAGGAAGAUGAAAAUCAACUCUGUUGUUGGCUCCUAUCUUGAUCCCCUAGCUGAUAAGGUUCUUAUUGGAUGCGUUGCUUUAGCAAUGGUACAUAAGGAUCUUCUUCACCCUGGACUUGUUGGACUCAUUGUGUUGCGAGAUGUUGGACUCGUUGGCGGUGCAAUUUAUCAAAGAGCUUCUGGCUUGGGCUGGGAGUGGAAAAGUUGGUUUGAUUUUUUCAACCUUGAUGGGACCCAUCGUCAGAAAGUUGAACCUCUCUUUCUUAGCAAGCUGAAUACAGUCUUCCAAUUGAUUUUAGUUGCGGGAGCUCUUCUGCAACCAGAAUUUGGGACACUAGAAACUCAGUCAUACAUCACAUACUUGAGUUGGUUGGUAGCUUCAACGACAGUUGCUUCCACGGCAGCUUAUGGAGCACAACACAUGAGGAAAAGAACUGCAUUGACAGCUGGGAAACCCUAGUUUAAAUUAUUUCAAUGUGGCAAGUCUGUCAGAAAACAAAUUGAGUUUUAGAUGCACCUCACCGUUAAGAAUUUUCAAGAACCAGUUUUGUUAUGUACAUACUACCAGGUUGAAGAAAGAUAAGCUGGGAAGUCAACUCGAAGCAAAAUGAGGGUAAAUGCUGCGAAUCCACGCAAUUGUAUGAGAUAUGAGAAAGUUGAAAGGCGGCUAUCUGGUCAUUAGGGAAAUCGUUCCCAACAAAGAUCUCACCAGACGGUUGGGGUUGAUGGUGCGAAGCGUUGAGGCAUUUGGAAAGGAAAAUUGAUUUGAUUUAAUUAGAUGUGCCAUUUAGUUAUUUAUGUGCAAAGAAUUGUCUUUUUUUUUUCCUUUUUUUUGGGAAUAAAGGAUGAUUGUUCUCGUGAUAUAUUAUAACUUGCAAUUUGAUUGUGGUACAAAAUAAUGUAGGUUGAAAUGGUAUCGGCAAGCUCCUUAUAA